AUAGAACACCGGUGACAGUCACGUGAUUGCACUGUCAUGGCGGCGUCCUGUGUUCUCGUGUAGCAUGCUUUUUAUGCCUGAUCAAGGUGAACAUCCUUAACUGCUAUUAGCAGUGUAGGGUUUUUAUACCCUACCAGUCCAGUGUCUGUAUUGUUAAACCAAGGUCAAAAACCAACAUGAGUGAGAAGGCUUAUUUAUGUGCGCUGCGCAUGAUACGACAUCUGAAAUCUUGUAAUUCUUCAGUGGGAAUUCAAAUCCUGCAGCCCGCAAGAAAUUACACUUCGAGGGCUAGUGUUCUAGGAAGGAAGCUUCUCAUGAAAACACAGCCGUUUCCUUCUACAUAUAAACAGUCUGCAACAUCUGUAAGAUUUUUAAGCAAUGUAACUCCAGUCAGCAAAGGAGAAAAUGAUAUAAAGUCUGUUGAAGAAGGAGAAUCCUUAGUAGAUAGCACCCCAAAUCUGUUUGAAGAAAAAAUAGACUCAAAUUAUUUAAACCCACUGGAAGAUGAAAUCACUGAGGAACAGUGGACACCAGCUAAGACAAGGAAAACCAAUAAUUUUGCCAUGGCUGAAGAGUUCCAAAAGUGCAAUUCUCCUUCUGAUGUGCUGGAUUUGUGCAGCAGUUCCUCCUUAAGCCUGAAACAUAUCAGCAAUAGUUUCACCACCAUGUGGAUAACGGUUAAGAAGAUCAAACAGAAGCAGGGACAGAGACAAUAUGAGAAGCAGAUCAUGUUUGAGCACCAAAAUUUUGAAAAUCUGUGCCGUCAAGCAAUGUUGGCAGCUCACAGAAUGCGCCACGGGGACUUGGUCUAUACCCUUCACGCAGUAGUAAAGCUACAAGUGCCUCAGACAACAAGGCUAGUCCAGACCUUAUUAAGGGUUUGCCAGGAACGUCUCAAUGAGUUAGAAGAGAGAGAAAUCUCUAUUGUGGCCAGUGCUCUAGAUGGAAUGGAAAGAUGUGGAAAUGUGGACUCUUUGAGAGCAGGACUUCGAGUUCUAGUGGAGUUACGACUGCCUGAAAUUAAGAGGGUCAUGCCUUUGCAGACGAUGAUGAACUGUAUUGGAAAAGAUGCUCCUCUGUCACUUAAGAAGAAACUCGAGAAUAAAGCCUUGGAGAUGAGGAGCCAGUUUACUCUUCCAAAUGCCCAGCACAUGUUCGCCAGUCUUGCUGCCAUAAACUUGACAUCUUUGCCACUUCUAAAUUUUUGCAAAAGGCAGAUCAUUGACAAUAUAGAUGUUAUCCCCUUCUGGAAAAUGAUCAAGAUCCUAAAUGCCUGCAUUCAAUUGUCCUACCGUGAUGAAGAGCUGCUGAGUGCGAUUGGAGAUUAUAUUUUGGACACUAUUUACUUGUGGGAGACUAAAAAGGUUUCGAUAUUUCUCAUGCAAAUGGCAAAGCUUGGCUUCCGACAUGUGUCUUUGUUAGACAGUUUUGCAGAGAAAGUCAUAGAAAACCCUGAAUCGUUGACAUUAAAGGACUUAGUAUGCAUAGCUAAAGUUUACUCACUCCUGAACCACUUACCCGAGGGUCAAAGCCAGCUGUUACUGGCAGCUUUGAACACAUCCCUUCAUUUAUACCUACCUCGUAUCUCUUCACCUGAACUCCUAAGAGUCUUGUUCUCCUUAUCCAACUUGGGAUUCUUUCCUUCUGUCCCACUGGAGAAACUAAUGAGGGAGAAUGUUCUUAAUGAGCUACUGGACCUAGCCAAUCCACACAUAGAAGACAAUACUCGGAUGUUGCACAGUAUUAAAAUGUGCUUGCAACUGGAUGAAAAUUCCCCCGGAAUGCCUGGUGUAUUGGAUCUGAUGACUGUUCCUGUUGAUAACAGCAGGCCUCAAAUAGAUGUUGAAACCACCCUGGAAGCCAUUGUGGACGAUCCUGCCGACUUACAGAAAGGCAUACAAUUGUCCAGCAAUUAUUACAUUGACUUUUUGCUUGCCGUAAAUACUGAACUGAACACAACUGCUCCAGUGACUCACACAAACCCAGCAGAUAAUUCUCCACAUGUUAUCAGUGUCGCUGUGCUAUGCCUGCAACCGUCUCACUUUGCAGUGGGUACUCUUCAUCCACUGGGAAUGCUUGCCAUGAAAAUGAGACAUCUCAAGGCUCUUGGUUACCAUGUGGUGCUGGUUCCAAUACACAAGUUUAAAACCCUGGAAAUGGCAGAGAGAAUCUUGUUCCUAAGAACGCAAAUCUUCUCUGGAAAAUGCACUGCUGCCGAAGAGCCAACUCACGAGGAACCCCAACAGAGCUGAAGAUCGGGAUUAAAUCUUCCGAUAUCUAAACGGAAUGUAUUGUGAACAAAAACAUUGUUUUUUACUUUUAAAUGUAUGUUCGUUUUGCAUACUGUCAUAGCAGAUCUGUGCUGCAUAUAUUUAUAUAUUAUUUUUUAAAAACAUUUAUUGACCUGGAAUUAAAGCUCACAUUGUCCCAAUUUGAAGUCUGUUGAAGCUACCCACAAUCAGUCUGCCCUAUAACACCAGUGUGUUCUUAUUUAUCACUUGCCCUGUCCUGUGUAAACAUUUGUUUUCUUGUUUUAAUAAAAUUAGAUUUUUUUUAAGAACAUGUAAACAUACCGUUUCUGCAGGUUCAAAAAUAAACUGCUUAAAACUUAAACAUAGAUAUGAACUCCUAAAGAUAACCUUGUGUAAUAAUAUCUAGAAUUAUAGGGCUUUGACUAUUUUGCAAUCAUGAUUUUCUUCCUUAAGUUUAUGGUUUGUAAUUUUUAUACACAUGUUCACAGGCAGUCUGUGUCUGUAUGUGAUACUGAAAGUGUAGUAGUUUUAUGUAGUACUCUAAACCUGAAUUAUGGUUAAUGUAAUUCAUGGUAUAUAUUAGAAUAUGUGAAGCACACAAUGUUUUUAAACCCUGUAAUUCAUAGGAACUUUGACGUGGAAUUCUGACAUUCAGACAUUUUCUAAUUUUUUUUUUUUUACACAUUCAUGUUAGAUGCGUCACAAUCCAGUAGUGGAGUACAAGGGACCUGCUUUUCAACUUCCUUUAUAUUGGUCUCCCAUCUGAGGAGAAUAAAAAGUCAGCAUACGGGCAUAUCCGCUAUCAGUCCAAUAUUGGCUCAGGCCUAGUGUAUAGAAUUACCACCGGUGUGCUUAGAUAUUUAGAGCACAAUGCAGAGAUCCAAAUAGAAAGGGGCCCUAGAGCAUUUUAUUUCUGACCUUCUGAUUAGUGCACCCAAUCCCUCAAAUUAAAGCAAAGUGGCAAACAGUAGCUGGUAGUCAAUGAGUCAUUCCACCGCCACGGUAUUAAACGCACUAAAAGAAGGGUUAUUCACUAAAGUGAGAAUUCAAAGUAAAUUUCAAGUAUAAGGCCACAAUAGCUAAACUGGAAAACAUAUUUAAUUCAGUUAUGCUUCCAGUUCAGGUAUUUUGGCCUUACAUUUUCACUUUAAUGAAUAAUCCUGUUUAUUUGGUACUGCCAGGUGUGUGUUCAGGUUAUCUAUAGUGUAUUCAACCCAGUCUGCACUUUGUUUUUUCUUUUCUUUUUCAAAUGACAAAUAGAAGUGUGUAUAAAAUUGAGUUACCUCUAUCUGAACCAUGUAAUUUACCCCAAAUCUAUUACUCUUACUAUGAAUCCUGAAAUGACUAUUUUCGAUCUUAUACGCUUUUUCAAUGCAAGAGAUGAGGCUUCAUUGUCUUCACCUUGCUUACUUUACCCGAGCCAUUCUCACGAUGACUUGUGUAGGGACACUUUUAGAGAAUGUUUACAGAGUUUGCCAUGGAUGAGAAAUCAUUGAAAAUGUAACUUUCAUUUGCAUUUAAUUCAUUUGCUGUGACAUGCAUAUGUGAAUAAAAUUAUAUUGAUAUUAAAAAAUGACAUUUCAGAAAGAAUUAAGUUAUAACUAG